AUGGCGUGGCCAACACGCAACAACAUCCCAAGUAUCUCGGAGUCCGCAUUUCCGUGGUCUGGCAUUGCGUUAAGGGAUUGGACAGACGAGUAUCUUCUCACCUCUCCAUCCACUGAUCCAUCGCUCACCACGAGAGCGAUCACCCCUCAACCUCUUUCAUACAACUAUCAGCUGCAACCUCCCUCGACACAGCCCCCCUUCGCCUCCUCGUAUUUCCCCUCUACACCGGUUAUCCCCAGCAGAAUACUCUCUCUCACUCCCUCCCCAUCAUAUCUAGACCCAGGCACCAUCAGCCGGUCUACCAAUCACAGCCCGACAUCCGUUUCAUCCCAAGCAACCACCGCCGUACACUCCCCAGCAAGCCUGUACGACACCAGAUGGGAUGAUCUCCCCGUUUCGGCACCUAUAAUAAAAGAGCCGCUUCGGCAGGAUGAUGCCGGCAUAGAGCCUAGCCGGACGAAAAUGCCGUGUCGAUCCCGUGGCCCUGCAGCCAAGAAGGGUGACGAUGACUACGGGACUUUCGAAUGCAAAUGGGAGGGCUGUCGAUAUGACCGUCUGUUCUCGCGCAAGGGAGUGCUCAUGCGACACAUCGAGACUCAGCAUGUCACUCCGCGCGCUUUUGAGUGUCCGUCGUGUGACCAUGCUUCGAGUCGACGGGAGAAUUUGAAGGCGCAUAGGCAGGCGGUUCAUAGGGAGAGUUUGUAA